UGUUCGUGCAGGCUCUAACACUCGCUUACUAGAUCGUGACGCUGCUGCGAAAGUUCUUUUCUAACACUUCGUUCGCUCUGACGGUUGCUGUAGAGUUUAUUUAAAUGUCAGAUACGAUUUUUUCCUGGUGAAUACGAGCUGAUUUGUCUACAAUACCAUGAGGAGAUCAUCGAACGCAGUCCUCCAGUCCCAGACCUCCGAACCCUUGAUCGUCGUGGACGAUUUGAACGCCGAAGAUGACGAAGAAAAAAAAGCGUACGAUUCGGACUCGCACCACAGCUCCGAAGACGAAUCCCCAACAAUGAAUCCGUAUCUUCUGUCGCCGUACUCCCGCGACAUCCGCAAACACUCUCUGCCGACCCCUCAGUGCAGCGGCAUAACCGCAAGCCAAGUUCGCCGCCUCUCCGAAAGAGGCGAAACCGUCGGACCGGGACCUCGCCAGGCCGAAUUCCUCGCCACCCUCUCGACCGCCCCCGCUCCCUCCCCCGGCGGGCGCCGGCACUCCGUGGUGACCAUCUCCAAGGUUCCUCCAUGCUUCUUCGGAAGAAACAGACGCGAAUCCGUGGCGGCUUUCCCCUCCGGGGGCGGCUUCCCGGUGAGGAUCCUCCCGAACAGGAGGGAGUCCAUCGCUUGUCCCCCGUCGACGGAGCCCCGCGGCAGCGUGCACAACCUCCAGCUGGACAUAAUGGACGACAUCGUGCAAGCGCGCAAAGUCAGGAUGAAGCUGUGGAACACCAGUAACGAACGCGUCUGUGAAGUGGAACCCCUAGACGAUUCUAACUCCGGUAACGUGCAGAGAUACACGAAUUCCUCCAACCGGCGGUACUCCGACUUCGUGGGCACGACCUUAGCUCCUAUUCCGAGCUCUAGCAAGAGGCGCGCUUCCGAACUGCCGCCCCCCAACACCUGCACCACAACUAGCGCAAGUAAGCACCCAACAACAGGAAUAGUUUGCUCUAAUACUGAUCUUAUCUCUAUUUUGUCCUCUCUUUCCACCUCGGCCACGGAAAUCAAUCAGUGUGAGACAGCACAAGCGUCGAAAAGUGAAUCCGCCAAAGCCGCUGAACAGAGACGAAGUCGAUUGAAGAGCAACAGGUCGAACAGUUUUGAUAUUUCUAUUCUCCACAGCGCCGAAGAACCAAAGCAGGCCGACUCCGCCGGCGCACCCUCGAACUGGUUUACCAAACGUCACCAACCGACGGCAAAGCCCGAGCAGGAGAAAAACAAAAAUGUCGUUGAGACGGAACCCGGGAAGGUGGUCUGGGACGAGCGGAGCGGGUCUUUGGUCGAUGCACAUGCUCUAGGUAGUGCUAUCGAGGUCUUUCUCAGACAGACCACCCCAGAUUCGACGAGCGCCCAGACCUCACCGCACACCUCACCCAACAAAUGCAAGACGCCAACCAGUAAAAGCGCCGCUGGUCGGUCUAAAACUAGUUGGUUUUCGAACAAGGGAGACAGUGAUUCCACAGAAACCUGCGACUCUUCACUCUGCUCAACUUUGAAAGACUUGUUUGUAAAAUAGUCCUCUAGAAGGAGAUGGUCUUUAAAAGUGCUGCCAUUGCGCACGGCAAUAUAUUUAGAUGAAUUUAUCUAAUCGGUGUUACAAUAUAAAUGUGUCUUAAUAAUCACUUUGAUGGAGUACAAUCAAACUCAAUAAUCCCGAAUCAUUCAGAUGUAGUCACAUAGCUCUGAAUCUCUCUGUUCUAGUUGUUUAGUAAAGUGACCUUGGAUGAAGACAAGUUUAAUAAUGCAAGACCAAUUACGAAAUAGUUCAUAUCCACUCCUAUGCACAUACACAACAAUUAGGUUAUUGUUUUGUAAAAACACUACUCUAGAACCUACCUUUAGAAUCCCAUUUAUAUUUUAAACACACUCAAGGAUUACUAUACCGAAAGAUGUUCUGAAAAAACGAUUGUCAUGUGUUGAACGUAACAUCUCUUCCAAACAAAUAACGUCACUCUAUAAUCACAAUCUAGAGCAACACGACAACGCAAUAUCAUUUCUCUGCCGCCACAGUAACCUCCUCACAAAAGAAAAAAUAACAUAAAAACAACUUAGUUACUUCUUCCAAUGGGGUAAAUUAAUUCUUUUACACACAGCUACAAGUAUUUUUUUAACAACGCGAUGAUAAGGUCAUAAUGAUGAUGUAGACACUUACAAAUUCAAAUAACACUUAAAUAAAACCAAAAACACAAAAACGUGGUGCUCAUAAAAUUCUAGGAGACUUUAUGUGAAGAGGAAGAAGGAAAAAUACAAGAUAAAUCCAGUGUUGACAAAGAAUUAGUAAGAAGUGAAAAGAAUUUUAUGCACAAAUGUCAAUUCAAUAUAAGUUAUUUUUUCACUUUUUUGUCAAAGAAAAAGGUUUUAGGUUAUCUAAAAUGGUUAAUAUUUUUACAGUAUGUCUAUCCUUGAACCGUUCACCACGUCACAAAGGAUCGUUAUGUGAUUUAAUGGCAAAGAUUUGAUCAUAAACAAGUCUUGUCACGUAGGGGAAGUUUAACUCAGUUAAACUUGUCUGGAAACCUCUACGGAUUAUUAUUCCCGAGAAUAUUUUUUCUCAGACAAGUAAUUGGUUAUACGUUACUGGUUAUUUUAAGAAGCUGCCCUUGGACUAGUUGUUGAACACUGGUAAAAGUAAAUUUUGCUAAAUAAGAAACUCUUUUGGGAUGUUUUUCGCAUGCAGUUCUCAUUCGAUAAAAAUCUGAUCAAGUACAUGACAAUCUGUUUUUUUGUAAGUUCAAGUUAUUUAUUGCCGUUUCCUUAAGAAUUAAAACUGCCCUGAAUGUUACAAACACUGUUAUAUGAUUUUCAAUAUAUCCGCUUUUUGCAACAAAAUGUUAAUGCACAGCGAAGGUUUCGUUUGAUGGCGAAAUUGGUACUAAAGUAGUCUGAGAAUUAAGCAUAUCCGUGACCUGUUUUGUACACAAGAAUGGACACAACCGAGCUGUGUGUUAAUAAAACUUAUAGAAUCUCCUUAAUCACUGUUCCGUUUAUGUUGUUAUUCUCACACUUCCGAUUAGUAGAAAUUUAGCUUUGCAUAUGUUCAUGACUUGUGCAUGAGUUAGGAACUGACACUUCUGAGAUGUCUCCUCUCGAAAACUGGAGUAGGAACUACAAUUUUUCGUUUUGCACAAAUUAAAUUAGUGUGUUAUGUUGAUGUGCCUUUGAAACAGUCCAAUCCUGGUUUAUGGAUACUUGAUGCAUGCAUGGUUUGUUUCGAGAGGAAUUGGUAAUCGACUUAGGUGUUAUCUCUUUUUAUGAGCACUUUGCGGGCCAAAGUGUCACUUAGUAGAGAUUGUACAUAGAUCUUAAUGAUAUUUUGGACCAUAUUAAUGUUGUGUAUAGACAAUCCUAAUAAGUUCUAGUAUGUACCACAGGUUUCAAAUAAAUUUUGAAGCAACAUUCUAAAAAUUGUAAGUAUAUUUUCAAUACUCAAUUUAAUGUUAUACUGAACUUAAAUAUUUAAAGCAUAAUGUUG